CUCUGUCCGACAGACCCGGUGUUUUACUGGAAGACGCUGCACCGAACAGGUACAGCUGGGAGUAAUUAUCAUUUGGCUUUUAUUCUUCUUCUGAGAACCUCAACUACAACGUUGUGACAUUUUGGGGUGACUUUGAUUCUUUGGAUCUAUCUUGACUCAUCCUCCAAAGUCCCUAACCACCUAAAGAGAAACUGAGAUCCCCAUCUCCUUGCCUGGUCUUGCCAGCUGCUAUCUAGCAACAGCAUGGCAGACAGUCGAGAGCCAGAAGACUGUGCCUCCCAGUGGGACCCAUCAGGAGGGCAGGAACCUGGGGGCACCCAUGGCACAAAUACCUACUCUUCGUCAGCCUACAGGACCUGCCAGCCUGGCGGGGCCCUCAUGACCACAGCUCCUUACACUGCAAGGGAGAAUGGCUUUAAUGGAGAGCUAGCUGGAGCUCCUGCUAUUACUGCAGAGCAAGUUUCGGCACGGAUUGUGCAGGAGGUGACGGCAGAGGCAGUGGCGGUGCUAAAGGGAGAACAGGAGACUCAGCGGUUGCCGUCAGUUGAAGAAACCACCAAUUUGCCUCCCUCCCCUCCCCCUUCACCUGCAGCUGAACUCUUUGGUCCCUUGGAGCAAGAUGUAGGGGAUGAGGAGGAGACGGGCCCUCUCCGCCGCUUCCAAAAUUCUCGGGAGAGGUGCAAGUUCCUCGCCCCCUCCAUCUCAGUUUCCGUGCCCGAGGACGACCCCUACCACUCCGACGAGGAGUACUAUGAGCACCCAUUGUUCAGCCCAGAGUGGACGCACUCGGGUGCUCGCCCCACAGGGCACGCUGUGGCCUUUAGACAGAUUGAAGAAGAGACCAUGGAGGCUCUUACAGCUGAAUACGAGGAGGAGGAGGAAGAGGUGGAAGAGGAGGAGGAGAGUGCCGAGGCAGCAGUGUCCGAGGCAGCUCUUGAUGAGCAGCAGUGGAGUGGGGAAGAGCCCGAGCUGGACAGCCCCAAAGCUGAACCCGUAGAUCAGACAGAGGCCUUAGAGGAGGCACAAGAUGUAGACCUGAGGCAGUCUGAGGCAGCUAGUGCUGCCACAGAGAGCUCUGUGGACAGAGAGGAGGAGGAAGAGGAGGAGGAGUAUGCAGAGGGUGAGGAAAGCCAUGAGACAGCUUUGAAGAUGGAUGCAGACAAGCAGGACAGUGAGUCCAUGAGCCCUGACAGCAUUGGAUCAGAAAAGCGCCCCGAUGAGUUUUUCGAGCCUCAGAUGCAAGGAUUCUUUGCCGGUGAGCGAGUUGUACCAGAGAGCCCCACUAUGGAUAUGCCAUCCUUUGUGCCUCCAGAUGUCCAAAUCCAAGCCAAAGAACCAGUCAAAUCUCUCACACUUCAGCCCACAUAUGGUGAGCCAAUCACAGUGUCAGAAAAACAGCCAUCAGUGGAGGUGGUGGAGUUCAGCAGCAUCUCUGCUCCUUCUGAUUUCUCUUCAAUGGGUGUCGAAGUUCAAGACGGAGAUGCAACCAGAGAGGCCAGAGACAAAUCAGGCAUGUCAGCAUACUUUGAAACCUCAGCUAUGGAGGUUGAAGAAGGUACAGAAUGUAAGGGUGAGGGUUAUUAUGAACUUAGUCGAUUUGAUGAAAAUACAAAUAAAGAUAAUUCCAAGUCCCAAGAAGUCAGCUACAGCACCCUGGCAGAAGCUAAAGAUAAACUUGAAACAAAAAAAACUCCACCUGAAGACGCUGGCAAGUUUGCAAUUCCAGAUAGAAGUUAUGAAUGCAGGCUUUCACCUGGUAAGCUCGCCUUAGAGCAGAGGAGUUACUCGCUUAACAUUACUAUUGGUACAACGGAUCAGACUGGACAAGGCAGGCAAAGAAACUUCACACCACUGGCCACUGACAUCAUGUCAUAUACAAGUGGAAGUCUUGAUGAGUCUGUCGACUACCUUCCCGUUUCUACACCUUCUGUUGAUAAGCCCCCAUCAUUCCCUCCACUUAUCCUAGAGACUGCGGCUUCUGUGACAUCAGAUUCCUCUUCUCCUCCAAGAACUGCUGAACCAUCAUCAAAAGUCAGUCCAGAUCCCAAAUGUCCUGAAUCACCGGAGCCAAAUAAAGGCUCUUACAAAAAUGGAUCGGUGAUGACACAGGACUUGCCGGAGAUGCUAGACCUUGCUGGUUCCCGGUCCAGGCUGGCUUCAGAAAACACUGACUCUGAAAUAGUCCAGAAGAAGUCACUCAAAGAUGAUUUUCCUACCAUCACUGAUGACCCUCUUGCUAGUCUGACUUCAGGGGAACUGAGUCCUAGGGUUAAAAAGAGUGAUAGCCAACUAGAAGAGAUGGGUUAUUGUGUGUUUAGUGAAUAUUCAGGACCUAUGCCAUCCCCUGCAGAUGUGCUUAGCCCUACCAGCACCUCUGGACAAGUCUUUACCCCUUCUGUCUUAGAGGAGAAAGUGGCUGCGCAGGCGAGAAAAUUAGCAGUGAGAGAUACAUCAUUAGAAGACAACCAGUCAUCUGGAGGUGCUGAUGUUGAUAAAAGCGAAGACCAAAGCCAAGUUAGAAAAGAUUCAGUUGAAGAAAAGAGCAAAUCUGAUAUGAAUGAUCACCCAACAAAAUCUGUUAGUGAGAAACCUCUUUCUCAGCUGAGUGAGCCCUUUGUGACACCAACUGUCACUGUAACCCUAGAGGAAGGUGAGCGGUCAGCCAGUGAGACUGAACGUCAAGCCAGUGGCGAAGCUUCAGUGACAGAAACUGAGAUAGCGGACUAUGAGAGGCAGAUCCGCAAGCUAGAGAUGGAAGACAGGCCUCUGAGUCUGGAGGAGGAGCGGGAACUGCAGGAGCUCCGAGAGAAGGUGAAGCUGGUGCACCAAGAAGCAUAUGAGGAGGUGGAUGCUGAGGAUGUUUACCAGCUGACUGGCAUGGCUAAAGACCGCAUUGCCAGACCUGUGAAAACCUCGCCUACUUCAUCUGUAGAGAGCAACAUUGAUGAUGACAAACUGCUAUCCCCAGUACUCUCACCCUCAAAACUGAAACAAAGAGAAAUGUAUGGUUCACCCAAAAGAGCAGCUUCGCCUGUGCCAGUAUUAAACAAAGAUGAAAGGGAUGAACAGGAGAGGAAAAUGAAGGAAGACCAAGAGAGGAAAACAGCUGAGAAAAUUAAGAAAGAAGAGGAAGAAAGAAAAAUAAAAGAGGAAGAAGAACUGAAAGAAAGAGAGGGGCAAGAGAGAAAAGAGAAAGAAGAGGCAGAAAGGAUACUGAAGGAAGAGAGAGAAAAACAUGAGAAGGAGCUG